UUUAUUUUUCUUUCCUAACAGGCAAAAGUGCAAUACUAAGAUGGCCUCUUCCGCCGACCAGCCUGCUGAGGGUACAUCCGGCAUGAGCCAAACGGAUCAAAAAGCUCUGGUUAGACCUAAGCCACUGUUGUUAAAACUUUUAAAAUUUGCUGGUGCGCAGAAAGAUACCUUUACUAUGAGAGAGGUAAUAUUCUAUAUUGGUCAGUAUAUUAUGUCUAAACAUCUAUAUGACGAAAAGCAACAACAUAUUGUACAUUGUGCAAAUGAUCUUCUGGGAGAUCUCUUUGGAGUACAGAGUUUUUCUGUAAAAGAACACAGGCAGUUAUAUUUGAUGAUUUCCAAAAACCUGACAACAAUCAAUCAGCAAGACUCUAGUAAUGUUAACACAUCUUCGAAUCAGUCCAGGUCCUUGCUAGAAAAUGGAAAUGCUAUAAAGGAAUCAGUGCAAGAGUCAAGUGAAGCAUCUACUUCUAGGAGUAGGCUACGCAGUGAAACAGAAAAUGCUUUAGAAGACCCCAGUGAUGAAAGACAACGAAAACGACAUAAAUCAGACAGCAUUUCUCUCACAUUUGAUGAAAGCCUCUCGUGGUGCGUAGUAAGUGGUUUAUACUGUGAUCGAAGUAACAGCAGCAGUUCCUCGGGCUCUAUAUCAAAUCCAGAUAAUAAUGCUAAUUCACUAAGUGGAAAUUCAGAUUGGUUAGACCAGGAUUCUGUUUCAGAUCAGUUCAGUGUUGAGUUUGAAGUUGAAUCAAUCUGUUCAGAAGACUACAGCCCUAAUGAAGAUAUACAAGAACUUACAGAUGAGGAUGAUGAGCUAUAUCAAGUAACUAUAUAUCAGACUGAAGAGAGUGAUAUAGAUUCAUUUGAUGAUGAUCCUGAAAUUUCAUUAGCUGAUUAUUGGAAAUGCUCAAACUGCAGUGAAAUGAAUCCACCCCUUCCUCGCCAUUGCCCCAGAUGCUGGGCUCUUCGGGAGAACUGGCUCCCUGAUAAGAAGAGUGAGAAGACUCAAGAGAACAAGUGUGAAGAUGCUGCACCACUAGAUCCUGAGGAGGGCUUUGAUGUUCCAGACUGUAAGAAAGGAAAGCUAGAUGAAGAUAAAGAGGUGGAUGCAGCAGAACAGACCUCUGAAUCACAAGAAAGUGAAGAAUAUUCCCAACCAUCGACAUCUAGCAGUAUGCUUUGCAGCAGUCAAGAAAAUUUGAAAGAGCCUGAGAAAGAAGAGACUGAAGAUAAAGAUGGAGGCACAGAUUCAAACCUUCCUCUGUCCAGCAUAGAGCCUUGUGUCAUAUGCCAAAAUCAACCUAAAAAUGGUUGCAUCGUACAUGGAAGGACAGGACAUCUCAUGUCAUGUUAUGCAUGUGCAAAAAAACUGAAGAAGCGCAAUAAGCCCUGUCCUGUCUGCAGGCAGCCAAUAGAGAUGAUUCUACGAACUUACUUUUGCUAGCUGAAGUGCAAGAAGAAUCGUGUGGUCUUAUUAAGGAUUUUUGAAGGCUGAUAAGAGGAAAUUAAUUUAAAAGAUAGAUUGAAUGUUUACAGAAGAGUUUAUAUUUUAAUUUUUUCCUUUUGGAAAAUUAACAGUAUUUGCACUGAAAUUGAUAGGCUCUGGAGAACAUAUAACCUUUUGGUGUGUUAAUACCAUUAUAUAUACCUUUGCAUAAGAACUUGUUAACAAAAGAGUUAACAAAGUGCUUGUCAUGAGAUCAUUUAUUAAUAGUUCUAAAUUCAUUGUAGAACAGAAUUGCAAAUCAGAUAUUUUCUGUAAAUUAUAUAUAUUCUAAGAUCGCCCAAAUUCUAGACUACAACUUUUUUUCUGAUAAAAAUUUUGUUUCUGUUGCAUCUUAUUUUCCAGUCUUUACUCCCACAAACCACCCCCAAAAGCAAUUCAAAAUUGGUCUGAGACCAUGAGAAGAGAGUAAGAUCUGGUGUGAAUAACUUUAAAUUGUACCUUCACGUUGUAGCCAUCCUAUUUGCAUUUUCAUGGUAAAAUUAUAGUGAAUUAUUAAACUGAAAAUCAUUGCUU